CUGGACAUUUGAACGGUAACGGACUCUGUAGGCUCCUCCGCUGAGGGGUCCCUGCCUCGGGACUGGGUCAUACUCUGGGGGACUCCUGGCGGCAGUGCCCCAAGAAACCGGGUGGGACUCGAAGGUGACCAGUGACUCGAGACCGCAGCGCUCCCGUGUCUGCGGCCGGGCAGCCGUGACAGGUGCUGAGAAGAGCUAUCCGUGUCCUGCGGGUCGCAGAAUGGCCGGAGACGACUAUGAGGAAAUUCUCAAGUACUAUGAAUUACACGGAACAGUCGGCACAGGUGGGUUUGCAAAGGUAAAACUCGCACAACAUCGUCUCACUGGUGAAAAAGUUGCAAUAAAAAUCAUGGACAAGCUUGCUUUACAGGAUGAUUUGCCUCGUGUUAAAUUAGAAAUUGAUGCCAUGAAGGACUUGAGUCACCAGCACAUUUGCCGGUUGUAUCACGUGAUUGAGACACCCAAGAAAAUAUUCAUGGUUUUAGAGUACUGUCCUGGAGGAGAGCUGUUUGAUUACAUAAUUGCUAAGGACCACCUUUCUGAGGAGGAAGCUCGCAUAUUUUUUCGGCAGAUUGUUUCGGCAAUUGCUUAUGUGCACAGUCAGGGAUAUGCCCACAGGGAUGUCAAACCAGAAAAUUUGCUGAUUGACGAGGAACAUAAUCUGAAGCUGAUAGACUUUGGACUUUGUGCAAAGCCAAAGGGUGGCCUUGAUUAUCAUCUGAGCACCUGCUGUGGAAGCCCAGCUUAUGCAGCACCAGAGCUGAUUCAGGGCAAAGCAUACAUUGGCUCUGAGGCAGAUAUUUGGAGUAUGGGAGUACUGCUGUAUGCUCUGCUUUGUGGCUUCCUCCCCUUUGAUGAUGAUAACGUCAUGGCUGUCUACAGGAAGAUCAUGAGAGGAAAAUACAGUACUCCGAACUGGCUCUCUCCUACCAGUACUAUGCUCCUUGACCAAAUGUUGCAGGUCGACCCAAAGAAGCGGAUUACAGUCCAACAAUUGUUAAGUCACCCUUGGCUCAUGCAAGGUUUUCCUGAUGCUGUUCAGUGGCAAAGUAAAUACCCACUGGGACGUCUUGAUGAAGACUGUGUAACGGAGCUUUCUGUAUUUCAUGGGCAGAGCAGGGAGACUACAUUGCAAUUAAUAACAGAGUGGAAAUAUGACCACAUGUCAGCAACAUACCUCUUGCUUCUAUCCAAGAAGACUCGUGGCAAGCGUGUUCGUUUACGGUUUCCAUGUCUGACAGAGCAUGCCAGCACCAUGAUGUCAACAGGCCUUGAGCAGUUGAGGCCUGAUGCCCAACUGGAGGAUACGGAAUUCACACUGUCAACUCCAGUGACAAGAAAAGUGGCAUCAAAGAAGCAUGAAAACAAAGAGAAUUUUGAGACAGUGUCAGCUUUAAGAAAUGAAAUGCCCUUUGCACUUCCUGCUUCUAAGACUCCUUUUGCAAAGAGUCAGAUAGAGACACAGGAACAAGCUGUUCCCCUUAGGGGACCUGCUUUCAAAGAGAGUCAGUUCACUGCAGUCACCCCAAUUGAGAUACCUACUAACCCAACAAAUGCAGAUGAAUUGGCAGCAGCUGAGAUUCUUCCUGGAAGAAGGUGUCAGUCAGUGGAAUUAGAUCUCAACCUUGCACAUGUGGAUAGCAGCCAAAAGAAGAGAAAAGCCAAAAUAUUUGGAAGUCUUGAAAGAGGCCUAGAUAAAGUGAUCACAAUGCUUACACCAAGCAAGAAGAAACAAUGCACUAGAGACUGUCCAAGAAAACUUAAGGCACACUGUAACAUUACCACCACUCAUCUGCUGAAUCCAGACGAACUGUUGAAUGAACUAAUCAUUGUUCUUUCAAAGAAGCAUGUCGAGUAUGUUCAGAAGGGUUAUACCCUGAAAUGUCAAACACGGUCAGAUUUUGGUAAAGUAACUAUGGAGUUUAAGUUAGAAGUAUGUCAGCUCACUAAGCCUGAAGCAGUGGGUAUCCGGCGACAACGGCUUAAAGGUGAUGCCUGGGUCUACAAAAGGCUGAUAGAAGACAUCUUAUCUAGCUGCCAAGUGUGAGUGGCAGAGUCUUUUAUCAUGAUGUUUUAGAAAGGUAUUUUCAGAGAAGCGCUUCUUUCUCACAGUCACAGCUAUAUGUGAAAAAUCUGUCAUCUUGAGUUUUUAACCAUCCCUCUUUGUACAUAUUUCUUCUGUGUGUUUCCUUUAAUAUUACAUUUGUAAUAAAUGUACUGCAACUUUUCUGAAGUGAAAUUCUCUAAGCCAUUCACUUGCUUACAUACUUUUCACAUAUCUGGGUUAAAAACGUAGUGGUUUUAUGUGCUGAAGCUUAUUGUGGGAUGUCUUCAGUUAUCAAGUGCAUGGUGCACAGUAAUAGUCAUUUGCAUAAUUCUCUUCCUGUCUCUGCUUAAGUAGGAUUUAUUGAGAUCAUUAACUAAGUCACAGCUGUGGUUCUCAGAGUUGCACUAUAUGCUCAGUGUUGUACAAAAUAGGAUGGGCUUCAAUAAAUGUGAAGUCAAGAGUGCUAGGAUUUAAACUGAUCCCAUAUAAAGCAUUGUGCUGUCUCAUUAUGAAACCUCAGUGAUGCUUAACAAGCCUGUGCUCUUUCUGAUGCUCUUGUGUUAACGUGAUAAUAGGAGGAUCUCUGAAGAACACUACCACCUUUGAAGUGCUCUGAAUGGAGAAGGCAUUUUUCACCCAUCUGUCUACAGGGAAUUCAGUGACACCUUUAAGAGAA